UAUAAACAGACCUAAAAAAGUAACAGAAAGUCAUAAACACAUCCUCUCUGUAGUUCUGUUCUUCUUGUAAUAGAAAUUUCAAAGAUAAAAAAAAUGGAAAAAUGGAGAAUAUAUGUAAUUACAGUGAUUCUUGGAUUAUGUGGUGCAAGAAAUAGUGAAGGCAAUCAAUUAUCUUACAACUAUUACGAAUCUUCAUGUCCAUUUCUUGAAGACAUUGUUAGGAAAGAGAUGUUAACCAUCUUUGCUACUGAUGUUUCUGCACCUGCUGCCUUUCUUCGCCUGUUGUUCCAUGACUGCCAAGUUCAGGGAUGUGAUGCAUCGAUUCUAUUAAAUUCGAAAGACUCGGAAAUGAAAUGUUCCAAGAACUUUGGAAUUAGGAAACUUGAAGCAAUUGCUAGACUAAAGUUCAUCCUAGAAGUUGCAUGUCCAAGACAAGUCUCAUGUGCUGAUAUAAUUGCCCUAGCAGCAAGGGACUCGGUUGCGCUCUCGGGUGGACCUUUAAUCCAAGUUCCUCUUGGAAGAAAGGAUUCCACCACUUGUAACACCCAACUAGCUGAUGUUCAUCUUCCUUCCACCACCAUCGACGUCGACGGAUUCCUCCGUAUUUUCAUGGGAAAAGGAAUGAACCUUCAAGAGUCUGUGGCAAUUCUAGGUGGACAUACACUAGGGGCAGGGCAUUGCAUAAACAUUGUGGAUAGAAUCUACAAACCAAAUCCUAUAGAUCAAAUGGAUCCUAAUUAUCAUCUUGCAUUAAAACUUGGUUGCCCUAGUAAAAUUCCCAUCACAAACCUUACAAUAAUACCAAAUGAUAUAACUCCAUCAAUAUUUGAUAACCAAUAUUAUAGGGAAAUUAGCUUGGGCAAAGGCUUGUUUAGCAUCGACACCACCCUUUCGAGGGAUCCUCGAACCGUCACCAUUGUCAAUCAAUUUGCUGCUGAUCAAGACUAUUUCUUCGAGGCGUUUUCUUCGGCUUUUGUUAAGCUCUCUUCGGCUAAUGUUCUUACUGGGAAUAUGGGUGAAGUUAGGUUACAAUGUGACCAAGUAAAUCGAUAGACAUUGUUAUUAUUACAACUAGGUGUAUUCUUAAUAUUCUAACAUUCUUUAUACUUUGUAUGCCUUUGUUAAAGAUCUUCAUGAUACUAGUACAAUAUAGUUCUAACAA